CCCUCCUCAUCCUAGACUAAUACAAUGGUUUUGCCCACCUGCAGGUAAAUUGAAGCUGAAUGUUGAUGGCUGCUCUAAAGGGGAUCCAGGACAAGUUGGACAUGGAGGAUUGCUAAGAGAUGAAACAGGGACAUGGAUCUGGGGUUUCUAUGGAAAACUGGGACACUGUUCUAGUCUUGAAGCUAAGUUGUGGGCUACUUACAAAGGCCUCACCAUUCUCUUCCAAAAAAAGCACAAAGGAUGUGGAGAUUGAAGCAAACUCUGAGCUAGCCUUGAAUCAAAUCCAAGAUGGCCCAUGCAUCAAUUCACCCUACAAACCUAUUAUUGAGGAUACAAAGUUGGUGCUCAACAGAUGCAACUGCUCUCUGCAACACACACUCAGAGGCGUGACAAGAGUAAGAACACCAUGAUCGAUCAUUUGCUUUCCUUGCAAGAAUCACAGCCAGAAUAUUAUACAGAUGACAUCAUCAAAGGACUAAUCGCGGUCAUGAUAUUAGCAGGCACUGAUACUUCAGCAGUGACAAUGGAAUGGGCAAUGUCCCUUCUAGUAAACCAUCCAGAAGUGUUGAAGAAGGCGAGAGCCGAGAUAGACACUCAUGUGGGCCAAGAUCGCUUGAUUGAUGAACACGAUCUCUCAAAGCUACAUUACCUUCAAGCUAUUAUCUCUGAGACCUUUCGAUUGUUCCCAACAGCACCGUUCUUGGUACCACAUGUAUCAUCGGGUGAUUGCAUUAUAGGGGGAUUCAACGUGCCAUGUGGUACAUUGUUAUUGGUUAAUGCAUGGGCUAUUCACCGGGGCCCUAAGGUUUGGGAUGAUCCUACAAGCUUUAAGCCUGAGAGAUUCGAAGGUGGAGAAGUGAAAGGACACAAGUUGAUGCCAUUUGGGAUGGGAAGGAGGGCUUGCCCUGGGUCUGGUCUAGCACAACGUGUCGUGGGUUUAGCUUUGGGGUCAUUGAUUCAAUGCUUUGAAUGGAAAAGAGUUACUAAGGAGGCAGUUGAUCUAACAGAAGGAAAAGGACUUACCAUGCCUAAAGCUGAGCUAUUAGAAGUUAUGUGCAAAGCACGUUACAUAGUCAUGAAUAACGUUUUCUUUGAAGCCACAAACGUUGUUUGAGCAUUUUUUCUAAAAAAUAUGUCGACAUGUUCUCACGUGUUGAUAGUACCUUAGUUGAUUGUGUGCUAUUUUUAUUUUGUUUUUCGUGUUGUUUGUGAUUUAUAUAAGUUCAAAUAUAUGUUGUACGUGAGAUUGAAUUUAUAAAUAUGUUAAAGAAAAAAUUAUAACUAAAUAAGAAAUAGAUUUUAUUACAAAUUAGUAGAUACAUAUUUUGAAAAUAUCCUCCCACAUAAAAUUGGCAAAAUUAAUUUCUUUUCGAAACGACGUAAUCAUGAUCUCAAAUUUACAACUUUCAAUUGGGGGAUCAUUUAUAGUGAUCAUUGAAAGGUAUAGAAACUCGAUGACCUGGUCAACUGAUUAUUCCUGUAGAUGUGGGGUCCAAAUUAAUUACUAGCAACAACAAACAUUAACAUUUUCUGAAAAGAUUAAUAGAAGGAAAUAAUGAUAAGGAAUAGAUGCAUAAUUACUAGAUCUACCCCAAACAAUACAUAACAAAUCAGGGCCAAACAUACCCUCUCUC